CACAUCACUGCAAACACAAUAUUGUUCAAGAAAGGCAGAUGGAUUCAAGGUCAACCUGUAGAAGCUUCUUUUAAACUUUCACCCUCAGAACAUGAGCUUUUCUGUCUGCAAAGCAUAUAGCAAUACCCCUAUGGUUCGUCAAAAUGCACAAGGGACGGUAACAAAGCUGAUAAUAAUUUAAUCACAUCAAGUUCCCCUCUCCUUACCUUUCAGAACCUGCCAAAUCAAC